AAAUCAUUCUUAUGUCGGCCAUCGUUGGCUGCAUACGUUUGUUCACGAGGAAACUGUCGCAUGCGGUUUGCGAGUGCAUUUUCUAUCUGUCGGUCGUCAGGUUAUCGGAUAAAUUGGAAUUAAAAAUAUUAUAGUUUUCGUAUAAAAUGGUGGACAAUCAGUGUAACACGGGACCUGUGAAAGCUUACAUUAUGAGUGAUUUGUUAAAAAGAUUCGAUUUUGAUGCGACAAAUGAUGUUGUAAAAUUAUCAAUUGCUGUCAUAGGAUUUUACGUGGGGAUGUUUUAUUUGGAGUACGUGGACACGGAGUACAGUCUGUGGCUGACUUGGUUCCUGACGCCCGUGAUCGUCACGUUCCUGUUGCCAGCUUUCAUCAUUGUACUUAUCUAUAUCAGCAGCAUCAUCUUCCAUUUGUACAGGCUCUACAGAUUGCGGGUGAUAGAUGGCGUGGAAAGUGACUGGCGUCAAGCGGCGCGGCUCGCGGUCUGCGCGCUUUGGGACGCGCACGGCUGGCUGUGGCAUGGCUACGAGAUCCGAGGUCUGGAGAAUAUUCCAGAAGGUCCGUUCCUCCUCAUCUAUUACCAUGGUGCGCUGCCAAUAGACAUGUACUACUUUACAGCAAGACUGCUGCUGUUCAAGCGACGACACAUGCAUACUGUAGCCGAUAGAUUCAUGUUUAAGAUACCAGGCUGGUCAACUCUACUGGAAGGUCUGUGCGUGAUCCCCGGCACUGUACAGACUUGCACCAGCGUGCUAAAAGCUGGUAAUUCCCUGGCUAUCUCACCAGGCGGAGUGUACGAGGCUCAGUUCGGAGACCACUACUACAGGCUUAACUGGAAAUCUAGGAUAGGAUUCGCUAAAGUCGCCCUAGAAGCUAAAGUUCCAAUAGUGCCGAUGUUCACACGCAACGUGCGCGAGGCAUUCCGCACAGUGGGUUGGCUGCGCGGUCUCUGUCUGCGCAUCUACGCCAAGACCCGCGUCCCUCUCGCCCCGGUGUACGGCGGCUUUCCUGUCAAGUUGGUCACUCACCUCGGCCCUCCCAUACCUCAUGAUGACAACAUCACGCCUGAACAGCUCCAGAAAAAGGUCGCGAGUGCAAUAGAAAAAUUAGUAGAGGAACACCAGAGGGUUCCUGGGAACAUUCUCUUUGCUCUAGCCGAGAGGAUAUAUGAAAUGCCAAAGAAUAAAGACAAAAAGAAAUCCAUAGCCAACGGCAGCUGUCAGAAGGAGACGGCAGAUAGUGUCAGUGAUAAGUGUGACAGUGACAAAUGUAAAACUUCUUAGUUUGGAUAAUAUUAAUUAAUUACUAAGUUAUAUAUGUUUGUGUACAAUAUUGUGGCAUUUUAUAAGCUUCUGAGAAGUUUUUUAGACGUAUAGUAGACGUAAUACAGGAUGUUCUAAACACAGACCAUAAAUAAGUCGAUUAAAUUCAACUUGUCUUUGGGCUUCGAAGCUUACGCAUAAUUUAAACUAACCAAAUAAGCCUCCUCCUCCUAAUUUCCGGUUUUAUUCACGUGCAGGCUCUGAAUUAGAUAAAAUAUUUGCGUUCUCGCAUAGCCUAAUCUGUGGUCUUCCGUUAUAUAAAUAUUUGAACAUCCUGUAUACAAAUAAAGAGAGAAAGCGUUUAAAGUUUACUAGAUAUUGAGACCGAGUGUUCUUAAAUAUAUAAAUAAUAUAGUGUUCUAUAUGUAUUUUAGUUUAAUCUCACUAAUCCGGCUGUUACCGGUGGUUACCGGAUUAAUGGAAUGUUCGGAUUACAGGAUUGUAGUGAAAAAUUCUUAAGUAAUGUAAAUUUUAUUAUUCCCUUUUAUCAUCCCCACAUCCAGAAAGUCCACUUCCACUUUCCGUGCUUUCCUUAUAAGAAAAAAGAUGGAAAGGAAAAGAUGACUAAAAUUAGACCUCCGUGACGCAGGUAUAGAGGGGUAGAUGUAAGCGAAGGGUGCCGGAUUAGUGGAAUUAUACUGUAUUUCCAAAAAUAAAAAGUGAACUCAACUCAAAUAUAUUAAUAUUGUGAUAAUUAUGUUUAGUUUUAAAAAAAUAAAUUUAUAAAUAGACGAAUAGUGAAUGAAAUGGAAAUGAUACUUAAAUAUUAGACCUUUUCGAAUUUUGUAUUUUUUUAAUCAUAGUGAAUGUAUGAAAAAAAAAUUAUUUAUUAAUUUUCAUCUACGGCCAUUUUUAUCGGCCGUAAAAAUUGUUCUGUGUGAAGUGAAAGGGACUUAUGCACAAAGUACCACGAGUAAAAGAGAUGGAAUAUUUUCCUCGCUUACGACAAUUUUAGCAAUAUGUCACUUUACUAACUUCAGAUUAUAAAAACGAAGAUAUAAUCUGCUUUUUUUAUGUAAACAAUAAUUUGUUAAAAUUUAUUUUAUUAUUAAGAUUAUUAGAAAAAAAAUUACCAAUCUCAA